GGGCGGGGAUGUGGUCUGCUGGAAAAACAUGAAAAAAAAAAAGAUCCGCUCCAAACCCCCAACCCCUUGUCCGUGAGCCAGUUCCGGCAAGGUGAAGGUUGGGCGGGGUGCCCGCCCUCCAGGCCACCGCGGAGUUUGACUGCCGGGCGGGGCGUAGGUGGGGCGGGUGUACUGAGGGGUCCCGGGAGGAGGAGGAGGCGGGCAGUCACGGGGCGCCGGGCCGCACGGGAGUGCGCCGCGGCGCGUGCAGGUCUGGGGGCACCGGGUCGCGGCUCACGCGCUGGGCGAGGCCGGGGCGUCUGCGCGUGUGCCCCCUUCCCGCGGCGGGGAACUGACUCUAAGUCGAACACUCCCAGGCAUUUGCGGCGUGGCCGCCAGCCCGAGGGGGCGGCGCGAGCCCCUCCAGCUGCGCCGCGGUCCGAGCUGAGUUCCCGCUCGCUCCCGGCCUCUCCCGAGCCAGCCGGGGGGCCGCGGCGCCACCCGCAGAGCUCCGGACCCCAGACUCUGGAGGGUUUAGGACUGGGGUCAUCUCCCUACGCCAACACCUUACAGGAAAACACCAAUGCGGGGAUGGGGGGCGGCUGUCGAACUUGAGCGCCAGAGGCCUGCGCCAGCCUUUCCUUCCCGCCAGCACUCCUCCCCCUCGGGGCACGCACGUGGCGUCAGAAAGAAGGCCCUGGGUGGCUUACUGAUGACACAGGCAGGCCCAAACCUGGCGCCGCUCCUAAUUCUGACCGUGGGGGAGAAAAGCUCGAAGGAGAGGCCGCUGGGCCGGGCAGAGCGGACCUGCGGUGGGUGGGUCGGUGGGGUUGCCAGGAAGUCUUGGUGGUGGGGGAGGCCCAGGGCGCUGGAGACAUCUCAGCCACCAGCACCUGGAUUAGGGAGGGGUUCUGUGGGUGGAGGAGACAAAUUCUUGUCCUGGUGGCCUUCUCAGGGAAGGGGAUUGGACCAGAGGUGGGGACUGUGCCUCUGAGAGCCACCUGGUCCCCACCCUGCAAGCAGCUGCUCGAUUCUGGUAUGGAGGGGGUCCCACCUCUGACUCCCAGUUGAAGCCUGAGGCCAGACCCGGGCUGCAAGCAUCUGAAACAUGUGACACAUGUGACGGCUCUUGUGGGGUGUGUCCAGUUCUCCCUAAGACUCCCUGCUGACACUGCCCUUCCCAAGUCUGUGUCCACUGCUCAAGUAUGGCAAGAGGUGGCGGCUGUCCUCUUCAGCUUUGGUUUACGUGUUUAUUUUUAAAAAUUCUAUUUCAAAGCAGAGGGCCCUAGGGCACAGCCCUAGCUCCGGGCCUUGCUGGAGCCCAGGGUUCAGGUACGUUACUGGAAUCCUGGGCGGGAGGCCUCUUGCCGCUCAGGUCUCAGUUGAGGGAGGGAAACUCUAAUGCCCUCUUCUGGGGGUCUUGGAGAGAGAUGGAGGAGAGUGUGUGGGCUUAGUUUCUUACGCCACUCUCAGACCCGUGUUCUCUCUUUUGGCCUGUGCUCCGCGUGCUUCCUGGGCCGCCUCUGAUAGCUUCCCAAGAGCCAGUGCAGUGGCCAUCCAAACGGCUGCCCAAGAGGUUCCCCUGGGAUGUGGACAGAAAGUAGGAGAAAUCUUGAUUCUAUUCACUUUGAUCUCGCCCUUUACAAGUUUUAUGUAUGUCUCUGGUGCGGGACUAAUACAGUUUGCACAGUAAUAUAGUAUAUAAUUUAUGAGUGGAUGCAUAUAUCCCUUUUCCUGAGUGCACACUUAGAUUCUGCCUUUUACUGAAGAAGGUAUGUAAUCAGAAACAUUUGGAAACGGCUGUCCAGAGGUUAGAAGUGAACCACUUAGCCAGCCCUUCACUCCCUGGCCUCCCUUGUCUUUCUGGCUUCAUCAUCUAUAUUCUUCCCCUGUCCUCCUCCCCUCCCGAUGCCUCCCCUGUGACAUCAUGACUCCACCAAUACUCAACUGCCAGUUGCCAGAACAUGCCCUGUGCUUUCACGUCUGCAGCCCUGGCGGAGUCUUCUGUCUGUGGGCCCACCCUUCCUUGAGCUCCUGCAAAUACAGAUGAGCCCAGCUCCUCUCUGAAGAUUCCCCUGAUGCUUGCGACUCCCAGAGUGCUCUGUAGGCACCGUGAAUAGACUAAGUCUGUCUGUGGUGGUCACAUGUUUAACUUGCCCGUGCGUUUGUCUAGACUCUAAGUCCCUUGAGGGUCAGGCCCAGGGCUUACUUAUACCUACAUCCAGAACAGACUGAGGUCGAUUUCCCCUGCCACGGGGAGGGGGGACAACCGGGUCCAGUUAGGUCAAUCAGUCUUCACAAGGUCGGCUCUGCUGACCCCACUAAUCAGCUUGAGCCUCCUAAUCCGUCGCCUGCAGGAGCCUCAGGAAGGACCGCAGGGGCUCGGGAGAGCUGGCAGGGGCCAUCUUGGCCUUCUCCUGCGGACGCGGUCUGGAGGGGAUGGGGCAGCUGAGCCAUGUGCACUACCCUCUUCCUGCUCAGCACCUUGGCCAUGCUCUGGCGCCGCCGAUUCGCCAACAGGGUCCAACCAGAGCCCAGUGGAGUAGAUGGGGCAGUUAUGGGCAGCAGCUUGGAAACAGACCUCCAGUCCUCAGGCAGAGAGAAAGAACCGCUGAAGUAAGCCCUCGCCUCUUCAGGAGGAGCUCCGCGCCAGGGCCAGGGAUCAGCUGGCAGCUCACGUCCUGGUGUGCCCCCCACCCCCGAAGGACACCGUGGUGGAAGGAGCUGCAGGGGGGAGACUAGGGAAAGCAGCCAUUGAGAAGACCUUCCGCUCUUGCUGGGAAACGGGCGUCACGGAUACAAGAUGGCUUCGGUGCUCUCAGGCAACUCCUCACGAUGUCCCAAAGCCGGAAGAGAGGCUACUGUUUUUAAAAACUAGAAAACGUUCCCAAACCUGGCAGAACUGCGCCGCAGACCCUUUCCUGAAACAAUUCCUGGCAAAGGGAAUAGCUUUCUAUGGCCGAGAUGCACUCCUUUGGGCAGGGCAGGCACUUGCUCAGUAGCUCUGCUGUUUGUAAGACAGAGGAAGGACAGCUGCAGGACUAGGAGUGCCUGCCACACGGGUGAACUUCCCGGGAUAUCACUGGUGCAUCUGCUCCCAGUUAAGCAGCCAGCUGCUUGGGAUAUACCUACCCUCCUCAUGCUUUUACUAAUAAAAUUAAAGAUUCCUUUUCAGGUUAAGAAAUUCACCUCAAUAUUUAAAGACUCUGUUUUCUAUAUGUGGGUUUCGGAUACCAUGUCUUAAAUCCUAGCAGUGACUGGAACUCAGUGAGCUGACCGCUUGAGCACAGCAGGCCAGCUGACCAGAUUUCCCCUUUGCACUCAGAGUCGAGGUCCCUUGAACGGCCCUGGGGACUCUUGCCCUGUUCAGCUUGUA